CUCCCCGAAGGGACUCUAAGCAGCUCACAAAAGCACUACAAGUGCCGGACAUAAAAUAAACAAUACAUAAACUUAUAAACUAUAACAACAUAAAUUUACAACGGCAAACAUACAUAAAAUGACACAUACUAUUUUUUUUAAUUCAUAAAAUGCAGCGGUGCCUGCGGAUAAAACUGGCAGUCUUAAGCUGACAAUCCAAGUGCCGGAGUGAAGCAAUCACUAAGUCCUCAUAACCAUUAAGAUCUAAUCAAGAUCAAAGGUCUGUCUAAAAAGCCAUGCUUUUAGACUAGACCGAAAAGCUAGUGGGGGCUAACCUAAUCUCAGCCGGGGUGCCACCACCAAUAAGGCCGUCUCUCUCGUCCCCACCAACCAUAUUCACAUUCAUCCAGAAGUAACAUCCGCUGACUUCGGAGGAACGUAAUGCCUCUCAUACUCAGAAUGAGUCCCUUUGGCCUUCUUACUGUAUAGGAAGGGGGGAAAGAAACGUAUGAAUGUGGAUGCAGAUUUCCCCCUAAGACAGGGUGGGAAAAGUGUGCAACUGGAGUGCUGUUCAAUGUUUUUAGAGCAUCAGUUUCCAUUGCAUUCCCCAUGUCACUUUGAAAAUGGAAUUGUGGCUUCUCCCUUCUUCAGCAACAUGAACACUGAUUUUAAAAAACCAAAAGUUCUGGCUUUCAUUUCUGUCGUUUUACCUGAAUUUAUAUGUAAUUUUUCUACUUCCUGCCUAGAUUGUUGUGUGUUCUGUCUCUGAGAUGUGUGGUGGCGGAGCGGAAGAACUAGAGCAUGUCAAGGCGUAACUUUCUUGACUUCAGAAAACGUGACUUUUUUCAGCCUUUUUCCUGUUUACUCUAACUUCUGAUUGACUUCUUUCGGUGUCUAACAAAUCGGAGAUUGAGUUGCCUUCAGCAAGGAUUAUAAUCAACAGACCUGCAUUAUCCUCCAAGGCAGGAAAAGGUAUGAACCAGAAAUAAUGUUCACCCCAUCUGAAAAAAUGGCUGCUAUCUUCUGUGAGAAUUAUUCCUUCCUUGGUCUUCAGCAUGGACACAUCUACUCUUCCUCUGAGGUUAAUGGAGCUCUUGUGCUUAUCAUGCUGGGAAAAGUCAUACUCAAUCUCUACGUUUUGCGAGUCAAAAAACAGACUCUUCGCAAGAGUUUUUUGAGCUGCUUUUGCAUUUCACUAGCCUUUUUUGACUUGGUGCUUCUCGUGACAAUGGCUUUCAUCUCUUAUUUUCAGAACUUUAUGCUCUGGGGCAUCCGCUUCACUGAGUAUCACAUUUGUCUCUUGGCUCAGAUCACAGCCUUAACCUAUGGGAUCUUACAUUAUCCAGUUUUUUUGGUUGCUGGUUUGGAUUAUUACAUUACAAUAACUCAAACUUCCAAGUCUCCCAAUAGGUGUUGGACAUUGCUGUAUACAUUUGCCGUCAUCUUCACGUGGAUUUUGGUUCUUUAUUAUGUUCUCUCAGGCAGCUUCAUGGGGCUUGAUGCAAAAAAUCACAUUUCUGCCUCUCCGUGUCCUUUGUACAUCAGCAGCCAGAGUUCCUGGCUUUCACUAGGAAUGCUCUUCAUAAUUUGCCUGGUUCUUGUAUUCUGUUGGUCAGACAUUGUACAUAUGGUAUUAUCAAUUACGUUAAUUUCCUUUGAGAGAGAGACUGUUUUUUUCUUCCCUUAUGUGUCUGAAUGUAGCCCUAAAGAUCACACAAAGCACCUCUUGACAAGACUUCUCAUCUGUUUUAUGGGCACUUGGGCACCAUUUGUUUUCCUUCAAAUACUCAUUGUGUUACUUGGUGCUCAGAUUCCUGCAUAUAUAGAAAUGAAUGUCCCCUGGCUUUAUUUUGUCAAUAGUUUUCUUAUUGCAGUCACAUGUUGGAUAAGGCGGCAGCACAUUGAGCUGAAAGAAGAGUCCUGGGAUGUGGAUCCAUUUGUCAGCUGGAAAUUCUGUUUCGUCCCUUUUAACUGCCAAGAUGUAAAGGAAACUCAAAAGCCUGUUACUGAAAUUGUAGUCUAUUAGCAAGCUGUUGCAGGAGAACAAUGUUUAAUUAUUACAAUAUUUUGGGGAGACUAUGUUAUUUAUGUUAUGUUUAUGGACUUACACAAAGAAUAACACAUGAACAUAGCUGGUUGGAAAACAAUAUGCUGCCAAUGUGUAAUUUGGGUAUGUUUGGUGCAACAUAAUGAAAUGCUGUGUUAUUUUCCAAGUUGGAUUUGUGGUAUAUGUAUCUAUUGCAAAAUAAAUUAAUGGUGUUAGUAAUAA